UAAAGGCGCACCAGUCUCCCAGGAAGCAACACAAAAAUCCAGAAAUACCCAUGGCUGCUGUCAGUGGCAGAGAUCCCUCAUCCAGAGAGAACAACCAAGGGUGGAAGAUGGAGCCAAGAGACUUCCAAAGAUAUUACUCACCUAGCCACCAUCAUCAACGGAGYGUGUACCUGCUGUAUGAAAUCAGGUGGAGAAGACGUUCCAUCUGGAGGAACUGGUGCUCAAGCAAUCCUCAUCAGCAUGCUGAAGUCAACUUCCUGGAAAAUUGKUUCAAUAACAGGCCACAAGUUCCUUGCUCCAUCACCUGGUUCCUUUCAGCUAGUCCCUGUGGAAAUUGYUCCAAAAGGAUUGUGGAGUUCCUGAGGUCACACCCUAAUGUGACCUUGAGAAUAUACGCAGCCAGGCUGUUCAGGCACCACGAUAACCGUAACCGAGAAGGUCUCCGCAACCUGAUGAGGAAUGAGGUCACUGUACUUAUCAUGGGUCUUGAAGAUUACAGUUACUGCUGGAGAAAUUUUGUUGCAUACGAACAUGGAGAAGAUGAUUAUCGGCCCCAGAACUUCGCUGAAUACAUCUGUCUGAAUUUCACAGAACUCAUUCAUAUCUUUUUGGGACUUCCUCCAUUUCUGUCAAACUGAAUGCUAGCAAGCACUACCACCACGCUUUCAAGCUCACUUUGUGCAUCAAUACAYGACCAGAAAAGCCAGUCCCUGGCAGUCUUUUCUGCUGCAACCUUGAUGAGUUUCUUGCUGUCACCAGAGAAGACUCUUGUCACUGGCUGGGCAUUGCUAAGUAUUGGGCAGAGCAGAAGGAGCCCAUGAGGAGCCAUCAAGAGAGCGUGAUCCACUCACCCAGGACWCAGCGCUCUGUUCUUUACAAAGUUUCCUGAGAGUCUGGUGGGGAUGGAGACCGUGYCCCAUUAUCAGCCCUUCCAUGUCUGCUGAUUCUGCAAUCAGAUUCUGUGAGAGCCCUCUUGAGAGGCCAGCACGUAACAUUUUUCACGCUCUGAUCUAUUCCAAAGAAGUAAUCAGCCAUGCACUAUUGCUUUCAGAAUUUCUUAUGAACAUCACUYUUAUGUCUACAUGUGUAUGUUUCAGAAAAUAUUUCAUGCUAUUACAGUAUUCAUGCAAUGCUGUGAUAAUACUUCAUUUUUAGAUUUUAUUUAUGAGUGUAAAUUUAUUUUA